AUGUAAAAAUAAAAAAUGAAAAAAUUUUCCGGCGAAAUUAAUUACACGAUGAACCCAAGAAAGCUUCUUGUUUUCUUAAUAUUUCCGAUCAUCUUCAACCUCGCCUCCGCCGCCACGGCGGCGGCGCACUCGCCGGAGAACGUGAACCUCGACUUCCCCUUCUUCACACUCCGCAACCUCACCCUCCUCGGCGACUCCUACCUCCGCGACGGCGUCGUGGGGCUCACGCGCCAGCUGGGCGUCCCUUCCUCCAGCUCCGGCGCCGCCAUCUACAACAACCCGAUCCCGUUCUUCGACCCGGAAACCAACACCACCGCCUCCUUCUCCACCAGAUUCUCCUUCUCGAUCGACAACGUCAAUCCGACGUCGUUCGGCGACGGCCUCACCUUCUUCAUCUCCCCCAACAACCAAACCCUAGGCAGCGCCGGCGGCUACCUCGGCCUGGUCAACUCCUCCCAGUUGACCAAGAACACCUUCGUCGCCGUCGAAUUUGACACCCGACAAGACCUCCACUUUGACGACCCCGACGAAAACCACGUCGGUUUGGACAUCGACAGCUUGAUCUCGAUCAAGACCGCCGAUCCGAUGCUCCGAUCGAUCAACCUCAAGAGCGGCAACGUGAUUACUGCCUGGAUCGAUUACUCGAACGACAACCGCAAAACGGAGGUCUUCUUGAGCUACUCCACCUCCAAACCCGAAACCCCGAUUUUGUCCGUCGAUCUCGAUUUAUCCGAUUACUUGAAAGAAUUCAUGUUCGUCGGCUUCUCCGCCUCCACCGAAGGCAGCACGGAGCUGCACUACAUCGAGAAUUGGAGCUUCCGUACACUAGGGUUCAGCCAGAUAAGGCCGAGAAUCAACCCCCACAACGUAACCGACACCACCGUCCCGCCGCUAAACCCGCCGCCGCAGAUUCCGGUUUCCGAUUCCAACAACCGCCGUCACAAAUCCAUCGGAUUAGGCCUCGGGAUCGGAAUCCCGUCUUUCUUCUGCGUAGUUCUCGUAGUUUUCGGCUACGUCUCCGUCAAGAAAUGGAAGGGUACCAAAACAGAGAAGAUCUUGAAAUCGGAGCUUAUAACCGGGCCGAGGCAAUUCGACUACAAAGAGCUCAAAUUCGCCACGAGGGGUUUUCACCCCUCCCGUAUAUUAGGGCACGGAGCGUUCGGCACUGUCUACAAAGCCCUUUUCCCAGAAACGGGCACUAUUUCCGCCGUCAAAAGAUCGAAGCACAGCCACGAAAGUAAAACAGAGUUCUUAUCCGAGUUAUCGAUCAUAGCUUGUUUGAGGCACAAGAAUUUGGUGCAGCUACAAGGGUGGUGCGUCGAGAAGGGCGAAUUGUUGCUCGUUUACGAGUUUAUGCCGAACGGGAGUCUUGAUAAUGUGCUAUACGAUUAUAUCGACAACGGCUAUAACAAUAACAAUAACCCGUUGAAAUGGGAGUACCGAUAUAAUAUCGCUAUAGGGUUAGCUUCGGCAUUGACCUACUUGCAUCAAGAAUGCGAGCAGCAAGUGAUUCACCGAGACGUAAAAACGAGCAAUAUAAUGCUCGACGGAAGCUACAACGCUCGGCUCGGCGAUUUCGGAUUGGCUAGGCUUAUGGAUCACGACAAGAGCCCGCUCUCAACUUUGACAGCUGGCACGAUGGGAUAUCUCGCGCCGGAGUAUUUGCAGUACGGUAAAGCGACGGAGAAAACGGAUGUUUUUAGCUAUGGCGUGGUUAUAUUGGAGCUGGUUUGCGGGAGGAGGCCGAUCGAGAGGGAAGGGCAAAAUGGGAAGAUGGUGAAUUUGGUGGAUUGGGUGUGGGGGUUGUAUUCGGAGGGGAAUCUUGUCGGGGCGGCGGAUGGGCGGAUGAAGGGGGAGUUUGAGGAGGCGGGGCUGAGGAAAAUGCUGCUUGUCGGGCUGAGCUGCGCGAAUCCCGAUAGUUCGGGGAGGCCGAAUAUGAGGAGGGUUUUGCAGAUAUUGAACGGGGAGGCGGAGGGUUUGGUUGUGCCGAGGAAGAAGCCGAGUUUGACUUUUUCGAAUAGUCUACCGUUGAGUAUCGAUGACCUCGUUUCGGAUUGCGGAUCGCCCGACUCGCAACUGGAGAUUAGGAUUGAUUGAUUGAAGGUGUUUGUUUUGCUGCUGCUAUAGAUGAUGAUGAUUUGAUAUUCUUUUAAUUUUUUUGAGAUUGUUUGAUUGAUUUUUGUUUGGUGUUACAUUUGAUUGUGAUUUGGUGUACAUUUGAUUUUUGAUUUUGGAUUUCGGAUGUUUGAUUGAUAUAAACUAAAUUAGUUGUUAUUAAAUAGAGAAUAUUACACUUUCAGCCC